ACUCUCCUUUGCGUUCCCCUCCUCUUCCUCCUCCUCCUCCUCCUCCUCCCCCCUCUCUCCCUCAACUCUUCUUCUUCUUCUCCUUCUUACACUCCUCCUCUUCAUUCCUCCCUCUCUCCUCAACCCUCCUAUCUACAGCUUUCUCAAGAGAGAGCUCUCCCCCCCAGCAUCUCCCCUAAUUGCUAAUUGGGAGGACAUAUGGCGACUAUCGCGCUUCCCCGCCUCAUUCCCUCCGGUCAUACUCGCUCCUCAUCUCCACGCCCUCUCAAUCCCGCCCUCAGCCUCGACCAUAUCAACUCCUCGGCAGCAUGUCCAAUCCCUAUUCCAAACAAGCAUCUACCCGUCUGUCCUCCUGGCCCCGCCCCUGCUGAGAAGCCCGAUACUCCCCCUCAAUCCCCGCCGUCGAAAGAGACCCCCCUCCCGCCGCAAUCUCUUCUCUACCCGCCUGAUAGCUAUACUCGUCGAACCCUCGGCUCCUCCACCAUCUACGAAAUCGAUGCUGCUGGCAUCGCGGCCGCUCUCGAUCAUCUUGCGAGACAGCCGUUACCAGACCCAUCAGAGGUCUUCCCUUGGUUUCAUGGCCUCCACCCCUGCAACCAUAUCCAGCAGACCUUCUUCAUUGCACGGCGGCGGAACCUGCGGAAGAUCCCAAGGUGUUGGCGGGGGAUCACAAUUGUGAAGGCAGGCGGGACCCUAGCCUGUUCGAGACUGAAGGGCGCAAUUGCCCCGGACGAAUUCCUCGUGCAGUCUUCAACCGGCGCCAUUUUCCGAGAUGUCGACCCAAAGGAAGGGUUCUCUGUCCGGAACUUCCAGAUUCAAGCUGCGAAAUCUGCCAUUCUUUCGGAUAUCUUGAUCUAUGGCGAUGACGAAAACGAGGUCCAAAAACUAGCGGGGGAUGUUGCUGCAGCGCAGCAUGCAUGGCGAGAGAGUCACGCGGACAAGGGGCAUGAAUUUCCGCAGUACAACACUUUUGCUUGUACAAGUCCCUUCAGCGAAUUCGAAGAGAAGUACCCGGAAAUUGUGUCGAUUAAUUCCCAUGGCCAGAUGACUGGCCAGGUCAUGGAUUUCUUCCAUCAAGAACGACUAGAAAUGUGCACAAUGACAAAAGCCUCCGAGAUAGAUCAUAAUGUAUGGCUAGGGCCGACGCCGGAUCCGACAACCAACCCUGCAUUGCGGGGGAGUGAUGAGCAGCAAUUUGACAUUCUGAUCGAAUGCAGUGACCUUGGGCGCCUUGACCCUCAUGCACUGCAGGCCAUUGCCGAAAGCAAGCAAGAGAUGACCAAGGAUCCCACAUACCUCGAGUUUCCCUCUUCUGGCAGCAUCACACCGCCACCCUGGUCCAACUCGGAAGCCGACGGGAUUCUUGAGACCUGCAGGUGGCUCUACAAUCUCUCGCAUGGCAUACUUCCGGCACCCUCUUCGCCUACCCAAGAGACAGAUGCUGAAGGCGAUUCUCCCAUGCCAUUCUCCUCUUCACCACCAUCGAAGAUACCCGAACGAAAGAUCCUCAUCCAUUGCACAGACGGCUACACCGAGUCAACCCUCCUCGCCUUGUCCUACUUCACUUAUGCAACCGGUCUCCCCGUUCACGCAGCCUGGCUCGACCUGCACGUCUCCAAAGGUCGCAAUUUCUUUGCGUAUCCCUCAGACGUCGCUCUCCUAACAUCCAUCGCACCUCGUCUCCUUUCUGAAUCUCCGGUCCACGCAGAUAAGUCUCUUCCUGACAUACUGCUUCUCUCGAAGGAUGAACCCCGAUGGAUUAAAAAUAUGGAUGGCUCUCUUCCUUCUCGAGUUACUGAUUAUAUGUAUCUGGGAAACUUGGGCCAUGCCAAUAACCCGGGUUUGUUAAAGGAGAUGGGGAUACGACAGAUUCUGAGCGUGGGCGAGACGGCUACGUGGGAGGAGGGCGAGUUGGAAAAUUGGGGCCCGGAAAACAUCAUGGUUGUGCAGAGGGUUCAAGAUAACGGUGUUGAUCCAUUGACCGAAGAGUUUGAGAGGUGCCUGGCGUUCAUCGAUCGAGGGAGAAAAAACAAGAUAGCGACCCUCGUUCACUGUCGCGUGGGUGUUUCGCGCAGUGCCACAAUCUGUAUUGCAGAAGUGAUGCGAUCGUUGUGGCUCUCCUUUCCCCGUGCCUACUGUUUCGUCCGCGCCCGACGACUCAAUGUCAUCAUCCAACCUCAUCUGCGUUUCUCCUACGAACUCCUCAAAUGGGAAGAAAGGCUCCGGAUCGAGAGGCACGGUGACGGCCAGUUCAAAAGAGAACUAGAGUGGCCAGAUAUCGCGAGAGAAGUAGCAGCUAUGAACAAACCAUAUGCGAGGUGACUCACGAAACGAUUUUGAUUUCGAGAAGAGAGACCUUUAUGAUUUACGAAUUACGACAACUUUAUACCACAUUCGCUUCAGGGAUUAUGAAUUUUUCAGGCGCUGGGUUGUUAUUACAGUACGUGGAUUAAGCUCAGGGGACUUAGGCCAGGCAGUAAAUGGAUGUGCUCUUUUCCUCUCUCUUUUUAUUGGUCUUUCACGAUAUUUUUCGGUAGCUUCGAACCAAAGCAGUGCUGGGAACGGACCUUGCCUAAGGAUGGAUAAUAUAUGGGUGUUUGUACAUAUAUGUCAUGUCUGUGGCUUAAUUUUGGUAUUUCUGGGAUGGGAUUUCAGGGCGCCUAAUAGGUUAUAAUGGCUUGGAUGGAUGAGCUAGCGUUCUGGAACGACACUCGC